AUGGUGUCUUCAUCGAAGGAUUUCUUAGAGUAUGGCUUCAAUCUGGUCAGCGAGAUGUCGGUUUCCGAUGGCAUAGAGGCGGCUUUAUGUGUAUUGGCACUGUGGUUUGUCAGCCAAAGCUUCUACUCUGUCACAUUCCACCCCCUUUCUGCCUUACCAGGUCCGUGGCUCUGCGCCAUUACGCGCAUUCCAUACUGGAUUCAGCUUUUUCGGGGCAAUGAAGUACAUUGGCUGCAUGACUUGCACAACCGUUACGGUACUGUCUUGCGAUUCGGCCCAGAUGACUUAAGCUACAUCUCCAGUGGCGCUUGGAAGGAGAUAUACGGUAACCGGUUAGAGCUUUCCAAAGCGCCGGAUUAUGGCAUUCAACCAGCAAACGCUAUUCGAAGUCUCAGCACCACCGAUGUUGAUACCCACCGUCUAUGGCGACGAAUGUUUGCACCCGCAUUUUCCGAAGUGGGAUUACGCAAACAGCAGCCAAUAUUCAAAGAACAGGUUGAACUCACAAGCAUAUUCAGUUUCGCAACAUUUGACAUCAUGGCCGAUUUGUGUUUUGGACAGCCACUGGGGCUACUGGAAAGGGAUCGAUCUAGCGCCUGGGUCAACUCAAUCUUCAAACUGAUCAAGCUAAUGCCGCUCUCUCUGUUCGUGGAGUACUACAAUGUUUCACGUUUUUUAUACAGGAAGUUUGAGCCAAAGUGCAUCCAGAAGAAAAAACAUGAACACUUCCAACAUUCAGCUCAAAGGGUACACGAAAGGGUCAAGACAGGAUCAACUCGGCCGGACAUCUGGAAGCAGGUUUCUCCAGCAGGACCUACUGAAAAGCUCAGUCUCAAUGCGAUGUGUUCCAACGCCGAGCUUUUCAUGCUAGCUGGGACAGAAACUAUCGCAACCCUUCUAAGUGGCUUGAUCUACCACCUUUGUCUACGUCCGGAGAAACUCGAGCUACUCAAAAAUGAGAUACGAGCGAGCUUUGAUACCGUAUCCGAUCUAUCCUUCAGGCGUCUCAGUCAGUGCGCAUACCUGAAUGCUUGUAUCAAGGAAGGCCUGCGCAUCUACCCCCCAGUUGCGGUGGGUGUACCCAGGGUCGUCCGAGAGGGUGGUAUGCUGAUCGACAACUGUUGGGUACCCGAAGGAACUCGGUUGUCCGUCGCACAAUAUGCAGCCUAUCACUCCGAAAAGAAUUUCAGGGACGCGAACGCUUUUAUUCCUGAGCGAUGGCUGCCUCGUAGCGCCCAGAACAAAACUGACGUGGAUUUCCACGCGGAUCCCAGUCCAGAUGUGUUCCAUCCUUUCUCGUACGGUUCUCGAGACUGUUUGGGCCGGAACUUAGCAUUGCAUGAGAUACGAUUGAUCAUGGGGGCAUUACUUGUCAAAUUCGAUUUCGAGCUAUGCGAGGACAGCCAUGGGUGGGAGAAACAACUGAAUUUCUUGAUGUGGGUUAAGGGGCCCUUAUUCUGUCGUGUCUCGCCAGCGCCCCCCAAAAUUAAAGAAGAAUAA